AUGUCAUGUCAGAUAGAACCAGGUUGGCGGGGUGCUACUAUGGCUGAUGUGCACUGGAUCAAAGAUGGUGUACCCAUCAGUGAACUUGGGAAUGAAAGUAUACGAGACGAACUACUUGUUAAUGGACCAACUUUGCAAAUACAAUAUGGAAGGCAUCAUGCUGAAGGAGAUUAUCAAUGUUCUGCUGUUAUACGAGGUGUACGAUUAUCCAAUGGAAAAUAUAUUGAUACACGUCUUGUAUCUGCUCCUGUGAAAUUUCGUCGUGCAAGAAUUACCAAAUUUGAAAAAGUCCUGCCACAGAAUGUUGUGGUAUUUCAAGGACAGAUCGCUCGUUUGCCGUGUUCCGGUAUGCCAGAUGUGAUUCCUGGACCUCCUGAAAUAAUGUUCCAAAGAGAAAAUCAUGGUGAACUGCUGGGAUUAUUAGGAGAUGAAAGAUACCUUUCGACACCAUCUGGUUUGCAAAUACCUCUAGCGAAAAUAUCCGAUUCUGGCAAUUAUUAUUGCAUUGUUCGCAAUACAUUUACCAAUCAAACACGAAAAUCACCAUAUUUGUAUUUCCGUUUACAGGUAUUAGCAAAGAAGUACAACAGCAUAGAACCUGUUCUUGUUUAUCCAAUACUAGCAUCUUCAGCUAGUGACCCUAUUGUUGUGGAUGUUGUCAAAGGAAAAACAGUACUUUUAGAAUGCAUUGUGACAUCUUCAAAAAUUAUGUGGACUAAGCUGUACUCGGAAGAAAAAGAACUAUCUGUAAGUGGGGAGAAAACAAGAUUUCGGCAAAUUUGGGGCAAUCUACAAAUUCAUCAAGUAAACGAAGCUGAUACUGGAGUAUAUAUGUGUGAAAGUAUGGCACUUUUCUCUCAUGUCGUAGAUGAAUUUCCAAAAAUUUACUACAACUUACGGGUACAUGCGCCGACUGAUGUUCAGCUUAUGUUGGGGCAACUUGCAGCAGACAGAAGUUGGAAAUUAAGCUGUUUGGCAUUAAAUUUACACUAUGAAAUUCCAAUGGUUUAUAUUAAUGGUUUGGCGCUUAUUGAUGCAAUGGAUCAACUUGGAGUGCCGCCUCAUACUAAUUUUUUCACCAAUCCCAUUAAUGCAACAUUGACAUCCAGUGUAGCAUUAUCAGGCAGUGUACAGGCAAGCACAUAUCUUCAGAUCCAAAUGCAUAUUAUUAUAAGUUUGAUUAUAAUAAGCAAUGUAUUGCAGUGCAUAUCACGACCAGCAAUGGAUGAAGCAGAAAUUUACGGGAAUGGUUUAGAACGUGGUCGAGCAAUGAAUUUAUUUGUUGAUAAUCGAGUCAAUCAGCAAAUUAAUUUAAUUUUACAGGGUCCCGAAAAUUCAACCAAAAUAGUUGGUGAAACAGUACAACUGGUUUGUCUAGUAGUACCUCGCACAACAAAAACCAUUUGGACCAAAGAUGGGCAGCGUAUGGCACUUAUUGGAAAAAAACGGGUUCGAUUAGUUGGUACAGCAAGUUUACAAAUAUCUGAUGUGCAACAGGAAGAUGAAGGAUGGUACACUUGUGAAGUAACUGACAAUACGAACCACAUGACACGUUCUAGUGCUUAUCUCAAAAUUAUCCGUAAUUUCUUUUUCAAAUGUGAAAAAAAAAGUAAAAAAUUGGAACCUACAAACAAGGAUUCGGAUCAACUUUCGAUGGAUGCACCACGAGCGUUCAUUUAUGGAAGAAAUAUUCGAAUUUUUUGGUCAUUGCCUAAAAAUCAUCCAUCUAUAAAUAAAAUUGCUUCAUUUCGAAUUGAAUUUCGGCCUGAAAAUAAUGAAGAGUGGAUCACGGGAGAUUUAGUUGAUGGGCAUGUUCGUGCCGUCACUAUAAAAGCAUUGCUUCCCAGAAUUAGGUACCAGUUUCGUGUUUUAAUGAGGAUGCUAGAUGAUAGUAUUAUAUUGAGUCCACCUACUAAUUGGCUCACAAUUCAGAAGGCAUCAGAAAAUGACAUCAAUCCACAACUAAAUAUCACUCACUUUUCACAACAUACGGAUAGCAUUCUGCAGUUACAUUGGAAUUAUACUGCUCCGGAAUAUAUGGAUUUACCAGAAACUUUUCUUAUCUCAUAUGCUAACACUUCUGAAAUUCAUUACACCCAUACGUUACGCCUUAACAAUACAUUUUUUAUGGCAAAUUUAAGUGAUUUGCCACCAUCUACUGAAUACCGAGCUAUUGUUGAAGCAGAAUUUGCAGAUCACACACGCAUAAGGAGUGAUCCAGCUAUAGCACAUACCUUGGCGGCUCAUGGAAAAUUCAUGGAUACAUCACAUCGAAUAUUUAGCGAACAAAGAGUUCAAAAAUCACAUCUUUUCUACGAACCAGCACUAUCAGCUGUGAGCGAUGAGGGUGAAUGUACUCCAUUGAGAAUAAAGCAUUACAACGAUCGAUCACCCUCUAUUGAAUCUUUGAAAAGUUUCUCAUUCAGUAAAAAGUAUAACAUUUUACCAAAUCUAUAUGGCGACGAGGAUUGUGUUAUGGAAACAAGUGGUGUCACUUCUUUUAAAGAAGAUCAGUCGUUCUUUGGAAUGUAUGGAAACAUGGUGUCAGAAAACUCAAAUAUUCAGAAACCAUUGUCAAAAGCAGUACGAGUAACUAAUCAAGACGAAUCUUUUUGGUUAAAAAGUAAGUUUUGCAUUUAG